CGGAAUGGGCACGGGAUGUAUACAUGCCUAGAAUAGGAAGUAUGUUGCAUGGUGGCACGGGGUCGACGUCGACGCACUAGGGGCCUCAUCACAUGAGUCGGCCGGAAAUAACACGCUGCUUCAUUGAUGCCGCCGUGUUUGAACAAAAUAAUUCUACAUCGGUGGCGGCCGCUCUUCUUGAUAACACAGGCAGUUUUGUUGGGGGCUUCAACAAAUUGGUUUCAUGUCCCUUGGUGCCGAGAUAUGUGGAAACGGUGGCUAUUAAGGAGGCACUCUCUUGGCUCAAGGAGAAGAAUAUCCAAGAAGUCUCUAUCUUUUCAGAUUGUGCUCAAGCGGUUCAUGCCUUGAAGAAUGGCAGACCACAAAUUGACGAUUUGACGCAGCCCCGCCGCUCCCGACUCUACAACGACGCGGCUCUUCCACGACGCAAUAACCCUCCUCUUCUACGCGUCACCGCUGCGCUACCCUGGGUAGACCAGGCAUUAACGCUUUUCCACAGACGUCCGGGAGCACGUCGGACGAGUGAGGCACUAGAAGCCGUAUAGUCAUUAUUUGUUCAACAAAGGUUUAAAAUAGAGCUGGUCAAUGCAAAUAAACUAGCAUCUUUGUGUGUACAAUAGACACGGAGGAGAAUAAACAGGUCAAUAACAUCUACUGGCAAUGCUUGCUCACUUGAAAUUUGAACUGUUCUUAAUGCCUGGAGAAUUAAGAUGCACAAACCACAAUCUUUCUUGUAGACUAAUAUAAAAAGUCAAAAUAUGGGCAAGCAUUAGACAUAUUCCCAACUUCGUCUUUGAAAAUUUAAAUAGAAAUCUGAAUAAUGAAAUCACCAUCGUUUUUUAUCUUUUUGACAGAAGAGGUAAGCAUCCAAACGAGGUAAGUAUCUUUUUUUUACUGAUUUUUAUAAUUUUUUUUAAAACUUGUUUUGUACUGAUGUUGUAUAUAACUGUGACCUAAGGCCAUGUUCUCUUCACAUGAUCUGAUUGGAAUAAGUUUUGAUCUGGUCU